AGGUCACAUGAGAGUUGAGAUUAUGAGCUGUGAAACAUUAACAUAAAUAUUCCAUGUGAUUUUCAAAGCUAGAACAGGCCACCCAUACCCCACAGACAUGUGACGCGUUCCCCCCACCAGCUCUACAAAUUCAAUCACCCCUCCCCCCUCUCUCUGGGCAAGAAAUGGCAAGAAAUUUGGUGUUCAUACUAGCUCUGACAAGCCUCUACAUUGGCUUAGCAGCCGCAGACUGGAAUAUCUUGAACAAAAAAUCGAAAAAUAGGGAUGCCUCUAGCUUGAAGAAUUAUUGUGAGAGUUGGAGGAUCAAUGUUGAGCUAAACAACAUCAAGGAUUUUGAGGUGGUGCCACAAGAAUGUGUAGAUCACGUCAAACAUUACAUGACCUCGUCUCAGUACACAGCAGACUCCGAGAGGGCGAUCGAGGAAGUCAGGCUCUACCUCAGCAGUUGCUGUACUUUGGAAGGUGAUGGCAAAGAUGCUUGGAUUUUUGAUGUUGAUGACACUCUCUUGUCCACCAUACCUUACUACAAGAAACAUGGUUUUGGGGGAGAGAAGCUCAAUGCAACCUUAUUCGAAUCAUGGAUGAAGCAAGGCAAAGCGCCUGCUCUAGACCAUACACUCAAGUUCUUCCAUGAGAUCAAAGGCAAAGGGGUCAAAAUCUUUCUUAUUUCCUCCAGAAGUGAAACCCUUAGAUCAGCCACUGUCGAGAAUCUUAUCAAUGCUGGAUACCAUGGAUGGUCCAGCCUCAUAUUGAGGGGUCUUGAAGACGACUUCAUGAAAGUGCAGCAAUACAAAUCCGAGGCAAGGAGAGCAUUGACAAAAGAAGGAUACCGCAUAUGGGGAAUCAUAGGAGAUCAGUGGAGCAGUGUGGAGGGACUCCCUGGUGCCAAAAGAACAUUCAAGUUGCCAAAUUCCAUGUACUACCUUUCCUAAAGCUUCCACUACCGACAUUAUUAUUCCAUAUGUUCAACCAGGCAUUGUCAUUGUUUAUCUGAUGAAAAAAACCAUGUUAAUCUAUGAUUUCUUUUUGUUAAAAAAAAUCUCAGCUUCGAUCAGA